UUAAUAAUGUUUAAGAUAAGAGCGAGACUGUUUAUGAGUAGUUGGAAGUAAGCAUUUCAUAGAAAUGAAGGUGUUUCUUUUCCUUCCUAUGGUGUUUUUCUUUUCAUCAGGGGCCCCUCAAACUGGGAAGCUGAUGAGCUUCCAACGUUCAACUGCUCUAAGCCGUGGAGGCGGAAGGAUAGUUGGUGGAAUGGAUGCUAAUCCUGGAGAGUUUCCCCAUCAGACAAUGAUUCUUCAGGGAGGGGUAUCAGGGUCCUUCAUGUGUGGAGGCUCUCUUGUAUCUGAUAAAUGGGUUGUGACUGCAGGACACUGCUGUGAUCAACGAUCUGCCAGUGACCUAGCAGUAGCAGUUGGCAGCUACAACCUCAACUCAAUUGAUGUUGAUCAGGAAAAUAUCGGAGUUAAGACCAUCAUAAACCAUAACAAAUAUGACCCAUGGACAAUUGAAAAUGACAUUUGUCUCCUUCAACUGGAAACUGCUGUUACAUUUGGAACCCAUGUGGCAACCAUUAACCUACCUGAAGACAAGGAGGAGUAUAACACAACUCUUUGUACAGUGGUAGGGUGGGGAGCUACAAUUGAUGGGGGAAAUAUGGCCAGAGUUCUACAGAAGGUUGAUGUCCCAGUCAUGCCAGAUAAAGAGUGUCGAAUGUACUAUGGCCAGAAUGACAUUAAGGAUUCUAUGAUCUGUGCAGGAUACAAAAAUGGAGGAAAAGAUUCCUGCCAGGGAGAUUCAGGAGGACCUUUGAUGUGUGGUAAACAAUUGUCUGGUAUUGUGUCCUGGGGGUAUGGAUGUGCUUUGCCUAAUUCUCCAGGAGUAUACACUCAGACCAGCUACUUUAUAGACUGGUUAAGUACAAAUAUGGAAGAGAGUUAAUAAAGUUAUUAUAAUAACAAACUCAAGUGAACUAUUUAUUCUUUUAUUAAUAACACAUCUAUUUCUAAUCUAUUUUAUUGUGGAAUACAUGAUUUGUACUUUGUUUCAUAAAAAUGUACAACAAUGACA